AUGAAGCUCAGUCUCUUUGCUGUCGUUUCCCUCGUCGGUCUGUCUUCUGCCUUCCCAGCCGACCUCCUCAAUGCCAUCGCCGACAUUGAGGCUCUUGAGCUGCCUUCAAUCUACGCAGCCCUCGACCUGAGCAAGUCACGCACCAACUGUGGCCCAACUCCAUGCGGAGUGUUCAAUGCUCAGGAGCAGUUUGUUUCCACCACGGGCGAGCACGCCUAUGCCAAGCCGCGUUCAAACCAGAUCCGAGGUCCAUGCCCGGCACUCAAUGCUGCUGCGAACCAUGGUUACCUUGAUCGUUCUGGUGGGUUCUCACCCCCUUUUCACCCAGCGGUGGAUCUAACGAAUACCGCAGGCGUCACCACCCUCCCGGAGACUGUCAGCGGCCUCGGAGCUGCAUUCGGUAUGAGCACUGAACUAUCCGCCUUCCUGGCCGCCUACGCCAUAAUCAUGAACGGCAACCCACUCGACGGCACCUGGUCCAUUGGCGGCCCCCCACCAACCGGCUUGCUAGGCGGACUUACGAGCGGUCUUCUCGGAGACUCCCAAGGCAUCUCCUACAGCCACAACAUCUACGAGGGCGACACCUCUAUCGGCCGCAAUGAUGCCUACCUCAACAACGGCGACGCCCACAGCCUCAACGUCACUCGUUUUGCAAGCGCCUACGCCACUGGCCUGGGCAACGAUCGCUACACUCUCGACGGCUUCGCACAAGACUUCCUCAAGAAGGUUCAGGAGUCGAUCGCCAACAAUCCUUACUACUUCGCCGCGCCUUUCUCAACCACACUGGUCGCACCCGUAGCUUACAACUUCGUCAUCAACUUGAUGUCGAACCACUCCGCUGCCGAGCCAGACGGCUACCUCGACGGCGAAACGUUCAAGGCAUUCUUUGGCGUUACUGGCGACUAUCCGAACUUCAAGUGGCUCAAGGGUCAGGAGCGGAUUCCAGAUAAUUGGUACCGUCGUCCUUCGUCCGUGCCAUAUGGCAUCCCGAACGGCUUUCUGGACCUCGCAAUCAACUUUCAAGCCUAUCCCGGCACUCUUCGUCUUGGUGGGAACACGAAUGGCGUCAAUACAUACGUCGGCGUCGACUUGUCCGACAUCACUGGCGGUGUGUAUCACUCUUCAGAUCUGCUGAAUUUGAAGACGAGCAACGCGGCCUGCUUCUACGCUCAGGUCGUGCAGGCGGUCAUUCCUGAUGGGGCUGCACCGUUGCUCGGCAAGCUGUCUGCCAUUCUCAACCUCGUCAACAAAUGGAUCAAGCCGAUCACCGGGAGUUUCAAAUGUGGGAUCAUUGGGAAGUAUGAUCAGACGUUGUUUAACAAGUUUCCGGGGUAUAAGUAUCGUCCGAAGGGGCAGGCGACGAUUUAUAAGGAAUGA